AUGGAAGAACCUAUAUCUCAAAUGGUUUCUCAAGCAGAGAAUCGUAUAUCUCAAAUGGUUUCUCAAGCAGAGAAUCGUAUAUCUCAAAUGGUUAUUCAGAGUGAGGAGACAAGAGUACCAGUACCGUCAGUUGUGAACACUGGUUUCUUGAGUGUUCAACUUUUUGUGACCCUUGCGGUGAGUCUUCUACUGUUUUGCAACCCCUGCGACCCCUAUGGGGCGGAUCAGGAGAAAGAUAGGGGCAUCGGCAAUUUCCUCAUCUGUGACUCUCUUACGGGAAAGAUUAAGAAAAGCAUAUCGAGGAGAGUUCGAUCUAACUUUGAGGAAGUAAAAGACAUGAAGGAACAAAUAAUGCAAGAAUCUUCUACUCAGGCAGGAAAAGAGAUAGAGGAACGUAUAGGGCAAGGAUGGGUUACUAGGGCCAUAAAAGAUAUGGUUACUCAGGCAGGAAAAGAGAUAGAGGAACGUAUAGGGCAAGAAUUGGUUCCUGGGGCUAUAAAAGAUAUGGUUACUCAGGCAGGAAAAGAGAUAGAGGAACAUAUAGGGCAAGAAUUAGUUCCUGGGGCUAUAAAAGAUAUGGUUACUCAGGCAGGAAAAGAGAUAGAGGAACGUAUAGUGCAAGAAUUGGUUCCUCAAGCAAUAAAAAAGAUGGAGGAAUUUAUAUUCAAAUGGUUAGUUGCACUAAGAGGAAAAAAAUUGGAGUAUGGGAAUGGAGAAGUCGUAAUAAUUGGAGCAAAAUCUGGAACCACUGUCGCUGGAAACCUGUUGUUGAAUCAGUGGAAAUCUGCUGGCCUAUCUGCAGAAGGUGAGGUAGCAGCUGGUGUUGCUAGUGUGGAGGCUCUUGAGGCAGAUUGGAAGCAGGAGGGGAAGAGGCUGAGGGAGGAGGUGAAGCAGUUGAGGAGUUUGGUGGAAGAGAAGGAUGAGAAGAUAAGGGAGAUGGAGGUUGGAAUGAUGGAGAAGAACAGUGAGAAGGAGUGGGAAUUGAUGGGGACUAAGCUCUUGGUUGAGCAGAUGAAGGAGGAGAGAGCAAGGAGAGAUGAAGCUGUGGAGAAAUGGAAGAAACUUUAUCUUGAAAUCAAGACAGAGCUUGAUGAACUCAUUCAAAGAACAUAUGAUGGGGAUGGUCUGUAUUGGAAAGCAGAGGAAAAUGACAUCCAAAUGGAAAAUCUGAGGAAGGAAUUGCAAGAAAAGGAGGAGAGGGAGAAAAUCAUGGACCUAAUCAUGCAAGGUGGUAGCGGUGGAAAGUUGCAACUGGAGCCUCCUGUUAUGCAGCAUCUUCCACUUCAUUUCCUUCUUGUGGUUCACCGUUCUUUAUAA